UUACCGUGCAUCUAGGAGAGUGUUUGCGCACACUGGGCAGUGUGCUUGUUAAAGAGGCUCGGCUAUAGCGUCUGCUAUUGACGUCGAGACAAAAUAUUGUUUGUGGACAUCGGAGUCAAACGACCCAUUAGUUGACCUGAAAUGCGCUCAGCACCUUGGAGAGCUCUCGCGCGUAGUGAAUCACUCGGCCGCGUGGUGCGUACAGAUCAGAAGCGCCACUGUCUGACAAUUUAGUGGAAAUCACGCUAUGACGAAUUUCACGGUGCUGUUUCUGCUGAUGUGUUGUGUUCUAUGUGUGCACUUUCUGUCUGUCGGAGUAGAGGCAAGAUUACCGGACGUUCCGUCGUUGGAAACACGAGACUCACGCAAGCAUAAACAGUUGGGUGUCCCUGUCCAUGAUAGGGGACAGCUUCAGAGGGAAAUAUCUUCCUCCGUUUUGAGAAACAAGUUCAACCGCCUUCCUGGAGUAUGUCAACGUCUACGCAGAAGGAGAAUCACAGUUCUGUGCAAUUCCAACGUGGGCAAGUACUGUUCGGUCAAAGAAGGAGCUCAACAUGGCCACAUUUGCCGCUGUCCAAGAGCAUCAAAGUGUAAAUACUUCUUUCUAAGGAGUCUGUAGAGCUCAAUCCAGAUUGCCUUUGUCUGUUGUGCUGUUUGUCUCCCGUCAAAUAGUUUUGACUACUAAAUAAAUGCAUAUUUUCAAGAGAAAAAUAUAAUGAACACUUUCCCAGUACG